AAAUUAUUGCCAGCGUUCUCCCUCCGUCCCUGCACCUGUCUCUGGUCUGUCACAAAAAGCUGUCAUGUGUUUCCUUUUAAAGAAGCAGAGUGUUCGUCGGUCGUGUAACCAGAGACAUCCAGUGUGGGACUGCGCACACGAAAAAAAUCCCACUGCUGUUCCCAAUGCCCACUCCUCAGAGCAGAGCAGGGAGCACAGGGAACUUAGAAAGUGGUCCUGCUAGACCAGGGCCGGGAAGGCAACUACAAGGCCAGGGACGUUACAGCUGCUCCCAGAGAAUGGACUCCACACGUCAAAGAAACGACUUCUGGAUUGUAGGUAGUGUGUGCCUCCUGUCGUCUUCCGUCUUCUGGCGCCUGUUUCGGUCAGUGCUGACAUGGGAAAGCCCCAAGCAGGCUCCUGCACUUGAGGACGCACAGGCUGAGGAAAACGUGUGGUCCAACCCUGCACUGAAUGAAAGGACAAUUGUCACCAGUGGAAAAUCAUCAGCUCUCACAGAGAAACCUGACCAGAAAAACCUAGUCUCCUCCGAGAAAGAGAAGGUUACCGAACUCAACAAGAAAAAUGCUGAGAAGACCAAGUCCUCUGAAAUCCAGAGGAGCUAUGUCAUAUGUCAUCAGAAAAGACAAGACAAGGUAGAUUUUGUUUCAAGGAAUUCCAUGGAACUAAGAGAGAAUGCAGAUGGAAAAGAUGGCGCAUGCACAGCAAGUCUGGAGAGACAAGAAAGCAACCUCCGGGGAGACAACCAAGACCCUGAGGAUAAAAGUGGAUGUCCGUUUUUCAAAGGAGGGAAGCAGGGGCUUCCUCCUAAGGAAGAUAGCAGAGGAACAGAAGCUGAGAACACAGUUUCAACAGUGGCAAGUGAAACAGUGCUGGACCAACGUUCAACUGGGAAUCAGCACGUGGACGGGAUGAAUGGUGGCCCAUCCUCUGAAAGGUGCAUCAGUAAUAUAAAGGCCAUUUCUACACCAGGAAUCCUGGGAAAUUCGGCAUCAGGAUCCACUUUCCAGAAUGCUGAACAGACAGAGUCUGCCGGCAGCAGCAAGCGCAGAGUGUCAGAGGAAUGUUUCCUCAGCGAGGACAAGAAGAAGAGCAGAAUAGAUGCAGUGAGAGUGGGGGAGGAGCCCACGGUCAGGACAGAGGAAGCCAGACAAGCCUGGAGCCCCGAUGACAGACCCCAGGAGGGAAUGAGCAUCCAUCCAAGAGAGCAAGCCUCAGAGGUCCCACUCGAUGAUGCCCCCGCUCCUGCAGCCCCAUUUGAUCACCGGAUCGUAAUGGCCAAACACGCUGCCGUGGACAGUCUGUACGCCGUGAGCAAGUCUGAGAUCCUAGGAGGGGGGCGUUUUGGCCAGGUUCACAAGUGUGAAGAGAAAGCAACGGGCCUGAAGCUGGCUGCUAAAAUCAUUAAGAUCAGAAGUGCAAAGGACAAGGAGGACGUGAAGAAUGAGAUUAGCAUCAUGAACCAGCUGGACCACGUGAACCUCAUUCAGCUCUAUGAUGCCUUUGAGUCCAAGCAUGACAUCAUCCUCGUCAUGGAGUAUGUGGAGGGUGGGGAGCUGUUCGAUCGCAUCAUUGAUGAAAACUGCAACUUGACAGAGCUGGACACCAUCCUGUUCAUGAAGCAGAUCUGUGAGGGGAUAAGGUACAUGCACCAGAUGUACAUCCUCCACUUGGAUCUCAAGCCUGAGAACAUCCUGUGUGUGAAUCGGGAUGCUAAGCAAAUAAAAAUUAUUGAUUUUGGAUUGGCCAGAAGAUACAAACCCAGAGAGAAACUGAAGGUGAACUUUGGAACCCCAGAAUUUCUUGCCCCUGAAGUUGUGAACUAUGAUUUUGUUUCCUUUCCUACGGAUAUGUGGAGUGUGGGUGUCAUCACAUACAUGCUACUCAGUGGCCUGUCCCCUUUUUUGGGAGAUAAUGACGCAGAGACGCUGACCAAUAUCCUGGCGUGCAGGUGGGAUUUAGAAGAUGAAGAAUUUCAGGACAUCUCCGAGGAGGCCAGGGAGUUCAUCUCUAAGCUCCUCAUUAAGGAGAAGAGCUGGAGAAUAAGCGCCAGCGAAGCUCUCAAGCACCCCUGGCUGUCAGACCACAGACUCCACUCCAGACUGGCCCAGAAGAACUCUAACUCUGGUGCACAGAACCUCACGACCAAAUAACUUGAGGAGCAAGCCUAUUCCGAAGGAAAACUGCUGCGGUUGCUGCUGCUUUGAGAAGGCUUCUGGAAAAAUCAGCAGUUCUGGUUCCUUGACCCCUGUGAUGACUGGCAGCCACAGCACGGGCAGCCUUGAACUUGAACUUGGAGAGGCCUUGCUGUGCUCAGUGGGUGACCCAGGCGUCUCCCUAGGGGCUUGGGCAGAUGCCCACACCCCACUUAGUACGCAGAGGGGAAGAUGUUGUUCUGACUUCUUGACUUUUUGUGUUUCGAUGUUUGUUUGUAGUUUUGGAUGCUAGUGCGGCAGCAGGUAUGCUAUGCUGUUUCUCGGGCUAUCAGAGCAGAGCUUGACAUGCAUAAAUCUGGAGGAUACAUUUGGAGAGAGAAAAUGACUUCCAGUUGUUGCACUGUGCUUCUCAAGGGGGCAGUAUCACCAGGAAACUUCUAAGCUUUAGGCACUUUGAUUUGCAUUUCUUUGUGAUCUGAAAUGGGAUGAAUUCAAUGGAGAAUUUACUUGCUGGAACAUAAGGCCUCUAAGGCAAGAGACUUCACACAGGGCACCUUCUGUGUAUUCUGAACUCUCUCCCAAGCGCAACAGUUUCUACCCAGUGGUUGGUUCCAUAUUCAGAUUCAUACCAUACUUUUCCACAGUGCCCUUUGCUCUGGUCUAACGGGCAAGUUCAUCCCCAUUAAACAUGGUGGUUUGGGGACGUGAUGCAAAGGGGUCUAUUUGUGGUUAGUCCUUAAAAUGAUGACCUUCAAAAGACAGUCACAAGAACUUCCUUCAAGCCCUAGAUGUCACCAGUAGGAGAUGGAUCUGUGCAUCCUGGGGAAGGACAAUGCUCAGAUUGCAGUGCUGGUGACUAGAAAGUGACUCUCCAGCUUCUGGGUAAACUGAAUUUAGAAGACCAAUAAUCAUAGUUAUGCAAAUUCACAACUUUGAAAUUCUCACAGGAGUCAACAGUUGUAGGGUGAUAAAUACGAAAAACUGAUUUCUGGUUGCAAACUGUUUAUUGUUAUUGUUGUUUACUUUGAAACAGGGUCUCAUUGUGUAGCCUUGACUGGUUUGCAACUUGCUAUGUGGACCAGGCUGGCUUCAAACUCAUAUACCUACUAGUAUCUGCUGCAGAGUUGUGGGAUGCAAACUUCUUACUUCCUAGCACAUGGGCUAUUUUCUGUCAGAUGUUUAAUAAGGAACGUAAGCACUACUGUAGGUUACAUUUAAGGGACAGAAAGCUUUG